AAAUCGGACGCAUUGGAUGAUGCCACCGAAGGGAGUGAAGGUGGACUGUCAAUAGACCACAACGAUGAGGACGACGAAAUCGAAGCUCAUAAUAAGGUUGUGGCAAGCGCAUCUCCGGAUAGCCACAUGGACGAAGCGGAUGAAUCGAACGCGAAUGAAAACGUUGCAGAGAAUUCGAAAGCAGCCACCUUGCUACAAGAGGUUUCAUCGUCUCAGGAGGAUUGCAAAUCAGAGGUGCUGUCCUCAGUGAUGAGAAUGAGCUCAACUCCCGCAAACGAUGCACAGACCACAACCGUUAGCACAACCGUAUCGCCAGUGGCUCGAAACACUCCUUCGGCAUCCGUCAAAGCGGUCACAACGGUCUCACCGAAAUGUGAAACACGCCCAUCGCUCACUUCAACGUCGGCUCUCUCGGGUUCCUCAUCGUCCACAUCCUCAUCGACCAACCACCAGCGAUCUCGUAAAUCUAAGAAUCGUCGCUUUGGAAUACGCAAACCACCAUCACGACUGAAACGUAAAGAAGUGGCCAAGCUACGUGAGAUGAGCAUGCGACUCGGUGGUGCACAGUACUUUAAGAAACGUGUUAAUGAAACAGCACAAUGCGAGAAAUGCGGCGUGAUAACGACGUCUCGUAUGAGUGACCAUGCUUAUCGUCACAUGGACGCGCAACUGUUCUUGUGUCCUCAUUGCGAUAAUGGAAGUCAAUCGAGAGAGUUGGUCGUGCGUCAUAUGCGUGAUAUGCAUAAUUCAACAGAACACCCAAUCGAUGAUCGACUCAAAUAUGCGGCUGAAAUUAAGGAAAUGAUCCGACAGUGCUAUCCAGCGUUCUUUAUCGACGCACCGAUCCCAACUGCGGCUGAUAUCGAGAAAUUAAAGGCUAGCUUGGCGAUGAAUGGCUCGUGUAAAGAGGAAGUGGAUGGUGGGCAAGAGGAUGACGGCAAUGAAGCUGAAGCCGAUGAAGCUGAACAUGAUACCGAAGAGUCAGGUGACGAAGGUGAUGAUUCUGGAUUACACGACGACGACGAAACGGGACAUGACGAAGAGGAUGGGAUGAAAGACGAUCAAAUGGAUGAUGAUCAGAACGGGACAGUUGAGGCUGAAGAGCUGGACGUGAAGAAUACAACACCGUCGUCGAAAACAGCGAGUAGACGUGAGGAUGAAGAGGAAAUUGAGGCGGAAAUGUGA